AAGAAAUCAGGCCAGGAUAUAUAUCGCUGCUGAAUUGUUGAUAAAUUGCUGGGAAAAAAAAAGGACAUUAAAUGAAAUGAUAAAAUUUCGUUAACUUUUAGCUACCAUUAAAAUAAAGAGAAACUGUGAGCGGGAAGUAGUACAUAUUUCACGCGGGCAAAUUAAGCCCAAAAAUCUAACACAGGUUAGACAAAGAGAGAGAAUAUUAUGUUUUAUGAUCUGAAGGCUGAAUAAAGAAAUUGAGUAACUAUACCACAGGUUCUUAACAUUGGUCAGGUUAACCAGUGUACGUAAAUAUCAUCCCACAGAUACACAAUCAGAGUAAAGGUCCAACUUUCAGUAGAGUGGAGGGAAAGUGGGACAGAAAGGAGGUGAUCUGGAAGGUUCCUUAGAGGAAGACAAGCUAUUCAAGCACUCCAACGUGGGCUGUAACAAAGAACCAGGAAUACACACCAGGUUCAGCACAUAUAUUUCACACAUAUAUUUUCAAUGGUGAGAUGGGUAAGAGGACGAUGGCGCGGACCAGGUGGAAUACAUAGAGCAGGAGGCAUACGUGUCCAACAACGUCCACUUUUGAGUGAUAUACAAGAUAGGGAACACGAAGUACAUUCGGACGAUUCAACUCAACCACCAAAUGUUGGUGGUGAUGAGACAGUGGAAGCUAUAGCAAAUGAGGCUGAAAGGGUUGUGAGCACUGAACAUAAUGAAGCUUUGCCAACUCGAAAACGUGGUCGGGGACCAGCAAAAGACACGCUUUUUGAACGCAUUCGGAAAUUUGGGAAAAUACCUCUGAAUAUUAAGGAUGGACAAAGAGGUCCAUGUUGUGAGAAUUACAACAUAUUUUCUGGACGAGUGACAACGAUUGUUAGACUUCAUGCAAACAUGCGCUAUGCAAGCUGGAAACAAGUAUCUAAAGAGGAGAAAGAGGAGCUAAUUGACCGUGUUCGAGCUGACUUUAUAUUAGAUUGGACACAAAGUUCCCAUCGUGAGUGUGUGACAAAUGCUCUCCAUCGAAAAUACAAUGCAUUCCACUACCUUCUACGCAAGCAAUACUUGGGCUAUUCAUCACAUGAAGCUGCACUUUCUGGCGGGACAACCUGGGUGGAGAAGCCCGUUUGGGAUUACUUAUGUGGAUUGUGGUCGGGUGAACCAUUUAUGAAAAUGUCACAGAGAAAUAGCACAAAUAGGAAAAAACAGCGAAUCAACCAUACAAGUGGCCGAAAGCCUUUCGUUAGGGUUAUGGAGGAAACUAAUGAACAAGCCCCGAACUUGGUAGCUUUUUACAAAGAAGUGCAUUAG